GUUUUUGUUGCUAGUGGGGACUGUUGUGUUGUGAAAAUGGCGACGCCUCGUCGCUCCUCUCAGCAGCAGCAGCAGCAGCAGCAGCCAAACUCCCUGCUGUCGUCCCCGCCCCGCAGCUCCUCUCGCCCUGCCACCCCGCUUGGCUCUCCGCCGACACCCACCGACGAUGCCACCCCGCUUACCCGAGGAGGCGCGAUGGAGAACAGGGUUGACGGUGAGGGAACCCCUGCUUCUCCCACCACCACCACCACCUCCCCAGCUCUGGCCCUCACCGUCAGCAGCAGCAGCAGCAGCACUAGCAGCAGCGCUAGCUCCCCGACAACCACCGAAGGUAGCGGGACCAGCCCCAGCUCUACGCCCGACUCCGGCAGCGGGGACGCGGGCAGCAGCAGCAGUAGCAGCGGUAGCAGCAGCGGCGGCGGCGGCGGCGGUGGUGGUGCAAACGGGGCUUUCAGGGAGCUGUUUGAAGCCUGUCGGACCGGGGAUGUUUCGAGGGUGAAGAAACAAGUGGAUGCGCUGAACGUGAACGCAAAAGACAUGGCAGGACGUAAAUCAACACCCCUGCAUUUCGCUGCAGGUUUUGGGCGGAGAGAUGUGGUGGACCACCUGCUCCAGACAGGCGCCAACGUGCACGCGCGGGACGACGGGGGUCUGAUCCCGCUUCACAACGCCUGCUCGUUCGGUCACUCCGAGGUGGUGUCCUUGCUGCUGUGUCAGGGGGCCGACCCGAACGCUCGCGACAACUGGAACUACACGCCACUCCACGAAGCUGCCAUCAAGGGCAAGAUAGACGUCUGUAUAGUGUUGCUGCAGCACGGAGCCGACCCCAACAUCCGCAACACCGACGGCAAGUCCACCCUGGACCUGGCCGAACCCUCCGCCAAGGCCGUCCUCACAGGUGAAUACAAGAAGGAUGAGCUGCUGGAGGCGGCGAGGAGUGGAAACGAGGAGAAGCUAAUGGCCUUGCUCACCCCCCUCAACGUCAACUGCCACGCCAGCGACGGCCGCAAGUCCACUCCGCUUCACCUGGCAGCAGGAUACAACAGGGUGAGGAUAGUUCAGCUGCUACUACAGCACGGAGCAGAUGUUCACGCCAAGGACAAGGGUGGUCUGGUGCCUCUACAUAAUGCCUGCUCUUAUGGACAUUAUGAAGUUACUGAGCUGCUGCUAAAGCAUGGGGCGUGCGUGAACGCCAUGGAUCUGUGGCAGUUCACACCGCUGCACGAGGCGGCGUCUAAAAACCGAGUGGAGGUCUGCUCUCUGCUGCUGAGCCACGGGGCCGACCCGACGCUGCUCAACUGCCACAGCAAGAGCUCCGUGGACAUGGCGCCCACUCCCGAGCUGAAGGAGCGACUCGCAUAUGAGUUUAAGGGCCACUCGCUGCUUCAAGCUGCUCGAGAAGCUGACAUGGCCAAGGCUAAGAAGACCCUGGCAAUGGAGAUCAUCAACUUCAAACACCCUCACACACACGAGACCGCGCUGCACUGUGCUGUAGCAUCGCCGCACCCCAAGAGGAAACAGGUGACGGAGCUGCUGUUGAGGAAAGGCGCCAGCGUACAUGAGAAGAAUAAAGAUUUCAUGACUCCUCUCCAUGUGGCAGCAGAACGGGCUCAUAAUGACAUCAUGGAGGUGCUGCAGAAACAUGGUGCCAAGGUGAACGCCGUGGACACGCUGGGUCAGACGGCGCUGCACCGCGCCGCGAUGGCGGGCCACCUCCAGACCUGCAGGCUGUUGCUAGGAUACGGGGCGGACGCCUCGCUGGUGUCCCUGCAGGGCUUCACCGCCGCUCAGAUGGGAAAUGAAGCCGUUCAGCAAAUACUCAACGAGAACGUCCCGGUGAGAAACUCCGAUGUCGACUACAGACUUCUGGAAGCGGCUAAAGCCGGAGACCUGGACACCGUCAAGUCGUUGUGUACGGCUCAGAAUGUGAAUUGCAGAGAUCUGGAGGGAAGACACUCCACUCCCCUUCACUUUGCCGCCGGCUACAACAGAGUGACGGUGGUGGAGUACCUGCUGCACCACGGGGCCGACGUGCAUGCCAAGGACAAAGGUGGCCUGGUUCCCCUCCACAAUGCCUGUUCGUACGGUCACUACGAGGUGGCCGAGCUGCUGGUCAGACACGGAGCCUCCGUCAACGUGGCCGACUUGUGGAAGUUCACGCCGCUCCACGAAGCUGCUGCCAAGGGCAAAUAUGAGAUCUGCAAGCUGCUGCUUAAGCACGGCGCAGACCCCACCAAGAAGAACCGGGACGGGAACACGCCUCUGGACCUGGUGAAGGACGGGGACACCGACAUCCAGGACCUGCUGAGAGGAGACGCCGCGCUGCUGGACGCCGCUAAAAAAGGCUGCCUGGCCCGGGUGCAGAAGCUAUGUAGCCCCGACAACAUCAACUGCCGGGAUACGCAGGGACGCAACUCAACGCCUCUGCACCUCGCAGCUGGCUACAACAACUUGGAGGUAGCAGAGUAUCUGUUGGAACAUGGAGCCGAUGUGAAUGCACAGGACAAAGGAGGGCUGAUACCGUUACACAAUGCUGCCUCAUACGGGCAUGUGGACAUAGCCGCCCUGUUGAUCAAGUACAACACGUGCGUCAACGCCACAGACAAGUGGGCGUUUACUCCCCUCCACGAGGCGGCCCAGAAAGGGCGGACUCAGCUCUGCGCUCUGCUAUUGGCCCAUGGAGCCGACCCCACCAUGAAGAACCAGGAGGUACAGACGCCACUGGACUUAGCAACGGCUGAUGACAUCAGAGCAUUGCUGAUUGACACCAUGCCGCCAGAUGCCCUGCCAAGCUGCUUAAAACCCCAGGCCACUGUGGUGAGCGCAAGUGUGGCGAGUACAGGUGCGGCAGGGGGCGUGGUCAUCUCUCCCUCUCCAUCUCCGUCCUGUCUGUCUGCAGCCAGCAGCAUCGACAACCUGGCCACGCCUCUCAGUGACAUCACUGUGGGGGGUGCCACUGGACCAGCAGACGGCGCGUCGGGGUCCGACAGGAAGGAAGGAGAGAGUACGUUCACUCUGCUGGACAUGACCAUCAACCAGUUCUUAAAAAGUCUGGGGCUGGAACACCUCCGAGAAAUCUUCCAGCGAGAACAGAUUUCGCUGGAUGUGCUGGCAGACAUGGGUCACGAGGAGCUGAAAGAGAUCGGCAUCAACGCUUACGGUCACAGGCACAAACUCAUCAAGGGCAUCGAGAGGCUGCUGGGAGGCCAGCAAGGUGCAAACCCAUACCUGACGUUCCACUGCUCCAGCCAGGGCACCGUGCUAAUUGACCUGGCACCGGACGACAAGGAGUUCCAGUCUGUGGAGGAGGAACUACAGAGCACGAUCAGAGAACACCGCGAUGGAGGCAACGCGGGGGGAGUCUUCAGCCGGUACAACAUCAUUAAGAUUCAGAAGGUGGUGAAUAAGAAGCUGCGGGAGAGAUACGCACACAGACAGAAGGAAAUAGCAGACGAGAAUCACAACCACCACAACGAGCGAAUGCUCUUUCACGGUUCUCCCUUCAUCAAUGCCAUCAUCCAUAAGGGCUUCGACGAGCGACACGCUUACAUCGGCGGCAUGUUCGGUGCUGGCAUCUAUUUUGCUGAGAACUCUUCCAAAAGCAACCAGUACGUGUACGGGAUUGGUGGAGGCACAGGAUGUCCCACCCACAAAGACCGCUCCUGCUAUGUGUGCCACAGGCCGAUGCUGUUCUGCAGAGUGACGCUGGGUAAGUCCUUUCUUCAGUUCAGUGCGAUGAAAAUGGCUCACGCCCCCCCCGGACACCACUCGGUUAUAGGACGGCCCAGCGUCAACGGGCUGGCGUAUGCAGAGUACGUCAUCUACAGAGGGGAGCAGGCCUACCCAGAAUACUUGAUCACGUACCAGAUUGUGAAGCCAGAGACUGUGGCUACGCCUGCUGCCACCUCCGAGCAGAAGUCCUAAAACGCAAUCACAGUGGGAUCCGAAGAGGGCCAGACUGAAAUGGACUAGAACCGCUCUCUGAGAGGAGACUAGAAGUGAACUAGAGGGAGUUUCAAACCUCAGAACCCCCGAAUUAAAGUCCCCAGAGCUUGAACGCGAGGUGGGCGAGGUGAAGCGUCGGCCACGCGGUGGUCAGACGACCCUCUGAAACAGACCUGGAUGUGUCUUAACAGGAGAAGAAGAGGAGGAGAAGUUUCGGGGUGUUCAAAAGCAGCAGAUGGCAAAAUCUAUCAGAUUCGUUCAUUAAUUGGGUCUAAUUUAACUGGUGAAAAUGCAAGUUUUUUUGAUCAACAUCUCUGGAAGUGUACCAGUAAGCGGAUUUUUUAAAUGUGCAGGCCUCUUGGCUUGAUCCUAAAAUAAGAUUAGUAAAAGCAAUUAGAACAGGACACGGUCCAAAGCAAAACAAAUGUCCCCGACAUUGCACCUUUGCGCACUGCUCAUGUAAUCUACGCCCUGUUUUUUUUAAUGUGUCGUUUUGAUAUCGUGUCCUCUUUCGGCUUUGUGCAUCAUCCACAGCAGCAAAACAACACCCCGUGGCCACUUCCACAAACAGCGAUUGUCGUGCUGAGAGAACAGAAAUCCGGCACAUUUUAUGUUGCAGCAUGUCACAUUCUCACCAAUGAGGCUCGUGUAAACAAGUCGCGGCUCUCCGUGCUCGCUCUCUCUCUCUCACAUCUUUUCUGCUGUGAACAAAGAAGAAAUUAUGGAACGAGUGUGAGCGGAGAGAAGCAAAAAGAGAUUACGGCGGA